AUGCAUGGAAGGCCAUUGUGCAUGGAAGGCCAUUGUGCAUCCCCCAUUCUCAUAGAUGACACGCCUCCACAAUCCCAAACAAUCCCUAAGCAGAAGCUUGUCCCAAUUGUCGAGAUCUGGAAUUGUCCUCCUCCACGUCCAUUGAAGGCUUCAAAGGGAAAGAAACCUGCACACGAGGUCAUUCCUGUCGACAUGUCCAGCGAUAUACAGGUCAGCUCUGAAUCGGAUGCCGAGGAUGAGUUCAAGGAGGACAAAGACGCCCUUGAGAGUGAAGACUCAGAGUAUGAAGAUGAAGUCGCCACUUCUCGUAAACGCAAGGUGAAGGGAACCAGAGGCCAUCGCUCACAUAAGCAACGUGCUCCAUCAAGCAACGUUCAAGUUGUUGAACCACCUUGCGAGGGGAGAAAAGCCGUCAAGGGCAAGGGAAAAGCGGCUGACAAGGAUACUGGCAAGGAGCAGAAGAUCGCAAAGAAAGUGCACUAUGUCUCCGUCGCAACUGAACCAGACACUGAACAGGAUGGACACAAAGCUUUAUGUCUUCGUGAUGGCCCACAGGACUCGUUGCAACCACGCACUCAAUGCGAACUUCCAAAGCCCAAACAAGUCAUUCCAGGAUCAUCCGAAAGUGCACGCCAAGCUGUGCUGUACUCAGAAGGCAAGCGUCAACCGCAUGCACCAGGAGGUUCCAACACCGCCCAGGAUGCACGACAAGGAAGUCUCGACACCUCCCAGGAGGUUCUGCAAGGGGGUUCCGAUGCCUUGCAAGGAGGUCCAGAUGCCUCGCAAGGAGGCCAUGAUACAUCCCAGGUCGCACAGCAAGGAGGACUCAGAGGCCCCAGAACCUCUAGAUGGGACUUACCUUUGAGGGGGAAGAUGGAGGAUACGUUCACGCAGGCCAGUGACCAUUUGCAGGUGCCUUCACCCACACCUUCAUCUCCAUCCCCUCAGAGUCGAGAGCAACUGCGCUCACUUCUUCCAGCACCCUAUGAUCAGCACAACACAACUGCCCAACCUAAUGGGCAGCAACACGUUAGCAAUAGAAGUCUUCCUCUGCCACCAUCUCGUGGUUCUAUGGAGUACCAGCCCAUGACUCAACAGCAUCUGCCUAGUGGUGUGAAUUAUGUCCCUGGUGUCAAUGCAGCUCGUCAGCCUCAACAUUCCAUGGAUGCUUGCAACACCAUGUACACAUAUCCUCCGCCCCAUCACCCCUACUAUCCUACGCACUCAGAAUCCUAUGAGCAAGGGACUGGCAUCAGGAAAAAACAUAGUCCAGCCCCGCGUCAUGAUGGACUUGAUCCUCGUCAAAACUGGCCUCGUUAUGUUGCAUAUGCUGAGGAUGAACGGAUGAUUCGCGCAAAUUCAACGAGCCCACUACCUGGUCUUAUGCAGUACUCGUCAUCUCCCCCCCAGUCUGAAGGCAAUUAG